GCUCUGGGAUUACUAACCGAUUACCGGCCGAGACAACUAAACUAAACAACCACCAACCGAGACUUCACCGGUGCACCGGCCGGCUGACAGGCACGGACGGGUAUUUGUUCUGUUCUCCUCCACACACUCGGACGCUCGGAGGAAAAACAAGAAGGUACACUGACAGCUGCUGUCAUAACCGGCCUGCUCCGACCUGCUAUACUCAACCUGCUCGGGGGGAUCUCAGUUUGAAAGCUAAGGUGGAGGUGCUUGAUUAGGCGACGUAAUGAAUCAGCUUCCAGAAGUUUGUUGAAGACUGAACUUUCUCAGAGGGAGAACUUCAAAGGGGGGUUUCAACCCCUGACGCCCCGCCAACCAGCCCAUCUUCAAAACCCCGCCUCCAAGACGCCCGUCCUGCUGAGGUCACCUACUGGGAGAAGUUUCAGGGAUUGGUGGAUCUUUGGACAUACCGAAACCUGUCUGUGGGAGGUGAAGCUGCCGUGGGCCAUGUGUUUCUGGUGAGGCCUCAUCUGCUGCCAAAAUGAGGCCGAUGUCCGGCCUGCCUCGACCCGUCCUGCCGGCCAUCCUGGCUCUCACCUUAGCCGCCUUCUUACCUCGGCCGUCCUCGGGAGCCACGCCGUUCCCCCAGGACCUGGAGCCCAUCAGCAGCGUGGGCAGAGAGUCCUCCUACCUCUAUCCCAGCUUCCAGGGACUCAUGUCGGACAAUGACACCGUCCGCCUGGGCCUGGACUUCCAGAGGAUGCUGAGGAUCAACCGCAUGCUCUACAUCGCUGCUCGGGACCAUGUGUUUGCCAUCAAUCUUGCCACUUCGUCUGAGCAGAUAAUCCCACAGCAGAAGCUGACUUGGAAGACGAAGGAUGUGGAGAAGUGCACCGUGAGAGGGAAGAACAGCGACGAAUGUUACAACUACAUCAAAGUGCUGGUGCCGCGUAACGACGAGACGCUUUUCGCCUGCGGCACCAACGCCUUCAACCCCACCUGCCGGAACUACAAGAUGUCCACACUGGAGCAGGAGGGGGAGGAGGUGGUGGGACAGGCCCGCUGUCCCUUUGAGUCCCGCCAGUCCAACGUGGGCCUGUUCGCAGGUGGAGACUUCUACUCGGCCACCAUGACGGACUUCUUGGCGAGCGACGCGGUGAUUUACAGAAGUCUGGGAGAAAGUAGUCCCGUUCUGCGCACCGUCAAGUACGACUCCAAAUGGCUGCGAGAGCCCCAUUUUCUCCACGCCAUCGAGUACGGGAACUACGUGUACUUCUUCUUCAGCGAGAUCGCUGUGGAGUACACCACCCUUGGCAAGGUGGUUUUCUCCAGAGUGGCACGCGUUUGUAAGAACGACAACGGCGGCUCUCCGAGGGUUCUGGAGCGCUACUGGACGUCGUUCCUCAAAGCCCGGCUCAACUGCUCGGUGCCGGGCGACUCCUUCUUCUACUUCGACGUCCUGCAGUCGCUGACCAACGUGCUGCAGAUCAACCACCGGCCGGCCGUGCUCGGCGUCUUCACCACGCAGGCCAACAGCAUCACCGGCUCGGCGGUCUGUGCCUUCUACAUGGACGACAUAGAGAAGGCCUUCAGCGGCAAAUUCAAAGAGCAGAGGAACAGUGAGACGGCGUGGACACCUGUUCCCGAGGAUCAGGUCCCCAAGCCGAGGCCGGGAUGCUGCGCCGGAGAGGGCUCGGCGGCCGCCUACAAGUCGUCCACCACCUUCCCCGACGACACCCUGACGUUCAUCAAGUCCUACCCGCUGAUGGACGAGUCCGUCCCCUCCGUCAACGACAGGCCCUACUUCACCCGCACCACCAGCAGAUUCAAGCUGACCCAGAUCGCGGUGGACACGUCGGCCGGGCCGUAUAAGAACUACACCGUGGUGUUCCUGGGCUCAGACAACGGCCAUGUGCUGAAGAUCCUGGCCAGCACCGAGGGAGCCAACGCGUCCUUCAGCACCCAACUCCUGGAGGACAUCGACGUCUACAACCCCAACAAGUGUAACGUGCGUGGGGAGGACAGGAGGGUGCUGGGUCUGGAGCUGGAUCGGGAUCACCACGCCUUGUUCGUGGCGUUCUCCGGAUGUGUGAUCCGCGUGCCGCUGAGCCGCUGCUCGGACUACAGCACCUGCAAGAAAAGCUGUCUGUCUUCACGGGACCCUUACUGCAUCUGGCUCAAAUCAGGCAGCUGUGCCACGGUCUCACCUGGAUUAAAAGGCGGCUUUGAACAGGAUGUGGAGAACGGUUACCAUCAGCAUGCUGAAACCUGCCACGAUGUCCUGGCGACCACUCGCAAGCAAAACCCGGCGCUGGAUUUGGCGUACGGGAAGACCACACCCACAAGCGCCAGCACAACCUAUCAUGGGGCGGCGUUCCCAAAGGAGGCAGGUGACCCUGAAAGAGGUACAGGUCCUGAUGGCCCUCCCCCCGUUGGGGAGCAAGGGUCACCUGACUCGGAGCCAAUCAGUGUGGAGAUGGAGGGUGUGAGGCGGCCGCCAGAGCUGGAGAAGACCAAUCACAGUGUCCAUUACACUCUCCUGAUCGCUUGUGUUUUGGUGGCAUUCGUCCUUGGCGCCUUCCUCUCUGGCUUCCUGGUCUCCUGCUACUGUAACCACACGGGCCACAAGACAAAGAAGUUGUCCAAAGAUCCCGAGGCGCCGAUCCCACACGCCCUGUCCCUCCGCAGCCUGGCCAAGCUCAACGGCCUCCUGGACAGCCAGAGUAAAGACGACAAGCUGGAGGUGUCCUCUCCAAAGAUCUACAACUCUUUCUUCGCCAACAGCAAGGAGCAUCACCAACCAAGGAGAAACGGGCAUCACGCAAUGACAAUGGGAGACCUGGUCCACCCUCACCACCACCACCACCACCACCACCUCCACCAUUCCUCAGAGCUCUCUGGUCUGCCUACACCAGACUCGACCCCUGAACUGCCAAUCAAGAGCAUGAAAGCCUUCAAGAACCAGUGGGAGAAGAACCAGAAUUGCAACAAUGCCAAGGAACCAAAGUCCCACAACACUGGCUCCAGGCCCAGCUCAGCCCUGCUUCACCAGCAGGUUUUCCCGUACUCCCAUAGCCUGUCCAAUGGGCAGCCAUUAGUCGGAAGUCAUCUCCAUCCUGACGAACGCAAAAUCCACAAUGUUGAACGUGUGCUAUCUCAGCAACCUUAUCCUGGCUACUCCCAGAAGGUGAUGGAGGUGACCUCACUGGAUGAGCUCCUGAAGCACAUCCACGAUGCAAGCAGCAGCAAGAGCUCCCAGUUGAUGAGCCCGUCGGGUCUGAUGGCGUGCGGUGGCGGCGGUCAGUUUGCAUUCGCCAACCGCAUCCAACCUCAGAUUCCUGAGACAGAAUCAGCCCCCUACUACAGCUCGUCCACUUUACCUCGAGACAGCCUCACCCGACGCAUGGAUGUUCCUCCGGACAUCCCCCCACACCACCAGUCCACCCUGGAGAGGAGGCACUCCUCCCAGAGGCACUCGCUGAUUGCUGCAGCCACCAAGAUGCCAAACGGAGUAGGAUGUGGAGGUGGAGUAGGAUGUGGAGGUGGAGGAGGAGGGGGAGGAGGAGGAGGAGGAGGAGGAAUGAUACCCCGCCAGCACAGCUUCAGCCAACGAAACGGCGGGCCCCACCAGCCGCCUCCCCUCCUGGCACGGAUGAACUCGACAGGCAGCGCCUGCGAGGUGCACUACCCCCUCAUCCCCAACGGGUACCUGACACGCCAACACAGCUACAAUGGAGAUCAGCAGGAGGUCCAACACAGGGGCGCCAUCGUCCGCCGGGCCUCCUCUCUCAAACCCGACGUCCCACCCAAGCCCCUGUUCAUACCCGCCACGUCCCCCGUCAACCAACAGGGAAAGUUCAACUACUGAGGAGGGACACUCCUGGACUACAGAGGGAGUCUUCCUCGUUGUGUCUUCUUUAAGGAACUUCUCUUUGAAGAAAAAGCAGCGGGCUCGAGGUUGCAGACCUUCACGAGUAAACCGGUCGCGUGGCAGCCAGUGUCGCUGUGGACAAAAGCCUCAACCAAACUUGUUUUGUCCUUCUUCUUUUUGUCCAACGAAUAUCUUUGUACCAUAUUGGUAUUGCUCAGCAACUUGCUUAUUAUAGAACCGCUGACUCAGGUGACGUGACGCCACCUCCUUAUAUAAGGCUGCCAAUGUCCUCAGUGUGGAUUUACAAUGCAACUUAGUUUUUUCGGGACGUGUUGAUGUUGGAAGAACUCAACACAUCGGUCAUCUUGAAGACUUUAAACGCCGGAGGCUCCUGCGAUGCUUAGAUUCAUGCUUUUGCUUAAUCUUUUCUGAUGUAGUGUUGGUAACCAGUCCCCACCCGCCCCACCCUCGAAUGUGUUUAUAUUAUGCAUGUGUGUGUAUAUAUAUGUGUGUUUAUAUCCACACCGUAUAUGUAUACAUAUACAUAUGCAGUAUAUGUAACCUGUGGUGAAAAGUCAGCAAAUUCCCCUGAAAGUAGUUAUGUCUUUGCCUUACUAUACUCUUUCAUCUUUGGGCAUAUCAAACGGUCCCCCGACCCCCUAGGGAAUAUCUUAGGGACACCGACUCAUGCACUUCAUCGAUACAUUGUCAGUUGGCUAACAAAACACUGAACCCAAAUUUGUUCGUGUUGAUCAGAGAAAGGAAAUACUUCAACAAAGCAGCUAUUCUCGUCUCUUCUUCUCUUUUUCUUUUUCCCGUCCCAGCAGAUGUCAGGUCCAAAGUGAUCUAAUCGGGUCCAUUUAAGUUCCUCGAGAAAGAUUGGUGCUCCACAUCUCCAGUGGGUCUAACAUCCUCAGAAAUGGAAAUAAACAAAACAGAAUAAUCUGAAAUAAUUUGGACCCAAAAGGGGCGAGUCAAAAAUGCCACGCCAUCUGGCAUUGUGAGAAUGAACAUAAAAACAUAGAACGGACUGCAGUUAUUCUAAUUAUUAACUUUGUGGCUAUUGGUUGUAAAUAAAGGAAUAAUUACUAGCCAAAUUUUAACUGUAUGUGUAAAUGUGUGCCUUAUUUAAUAAUAGUGUGUGACAUGGGGGUAGGGGUUAAUGCAAGGGGCUCGGAUGGCUACUAUGCUACAGUAUAUUGUAGGUGUUUCAUUUCCUAUGGUCGUCAGUAUGUGUCAUACGGUAUCUAGUGUAUAUUUGAAGAGUUUCAUUCCAGAAUGAGAUAUUCGUCAUUUAAAAAAAUGUGUCUGAAACCACAAGUAUGAUUGUAACACUCACUAAUUAAUCAUUUGGAAUCAUUUUGAUUAUAUUGAGCCCUUUUUUUUUUUUAUUACAAAGUAUUGAUUUUCAAACUAUCAUCUGUUAUUUUGAGAAAUAUUAAACACCAGUUGUUUAUUUUUUUUCGAGAUGGAUACAGUGUUUUGGAAUGAAACCCUUCAUUGCUUUUUCAUCCCAGAAGUGUGAGCUUGCAGAUUUUUCUUUGGGAGAGUUUGGCAAAGCAAAAAUACACACAGAGCCUGAGACUGCAGUCAUUCAGGUUUGACUGCCUCCGUUUUAUGUCACUUUCCACUGGGUGUCACUUUCCCUAUAGGUGCCAUUGUUCACUUUUUUGGUUGCUGUUUGUUUUAGCAGUAGCAUUAGCGUCACUUUGGGUUUUUCUAAAGGAGCAGCUCACAGUUCCUCUUAAGUCAUCCUCUACAGACCUGUAGCCGUUGUAGAAGUCAAUCGUAGAGGGACGAUGGAUGGAGAAUGUAUGUGGCAAAAGAUGUUUAAAAAUAAAAAAAUGUUACACUAUAACGCUAAAAAAUCUCAAAAUAGAUGCAGGCAUGAAACUGGACUUCUACAAUGGUUACGGCUGUAGAUGUUGACUCACCUGUGUCACCAGGUGUCAACUUCAACAGUGCAGGAAGCAAAGAAAUAGGAGUGGAGAUUUAGGAAAUACGUGGAAACGUUUGAGAAAGUGCAAUGAACUCUCAUCCGCCGAGCUGAGAUUGUCUCUUGUGAACCGGUUCCCAGGUGCCAAACAUUUUCUGAGCGUUUUCCCUCAGAGGGAAGGUGAUGCCAGUCGGUUCUGCCUCAGAAAGAUUUCACGGCUAUAAAUAUCAAGACUCUUGCACUUUUCAGUUUUUGUUCACGGUUGACUGGAACCGUGAACACUUCUGUGAGAACAGCACUACGUUAUAUGCUGUAUAUGAAAGUGGAGUUCUAUUGAUUGAAAUUUCCCAAAACUCAUUUGACCCAAUAUAAAGUUUACUACUCACGCUCCAACUCCAGUAAAUGAAGGAAAAUACGGCCGACCACGACGUUUGUGGGAAGAAGAAAAAAAGAAAAAAAAAGUAUAUUUGGAUAUUCACAGGCAGCGGAGCAUUAAAUAGCUUUCGAAACAACAAAUACAAAACAUCCAAUUUGAUUUAACGUCGUGACCGUAAUGAUUCAUAAGAGGAAUUGUGGCAGCUACAGCGUUUGAUGAGUAGAAGUGUGUUGUUUUUCUAUCUGCCGGUGAUUGUAAGGCAGAGGGAGCGGUCUCGCCUCUAAUAGCUCUAUCAGUAUUUGAUUUGGUGUAAAUACAUUCUAUCUGGGCGGGGUCUCAUUGAUUCAGUAUUAUGUUUGGGUUUCUUUCUGUAUGAUUUCCAGGCUACGCCUCUUGAAUUACUAUGAAUUUGGUCUCACAGAAUACCAUUGUAUGUCUCUUAU